UAAUAUUGCCUGCCCCAUUGCUUAAGUGCUACUCAGCAUUCCCUGCUACCUGCAGCGGUGCCAUAGGUUAUGUUGCGUGGCCCUUGAUGUUUAUUCAUUUGUGCCUGUCGUGGGCUGGAAGUCUUCCAGUCUGCAUUCUCUGGUCGAAGCGGUUGAUACUUUGCAUUGCUAGUUUUGCCUCAUGUUAUGGCAAAGUUCCCUAUUUACCCAAGAAAAGCUCAUUUGUUUCUACAAUUCCCAUUUGCACCUCCCAUUCACCUUACAACACCUCUGUAUGCUCUUCAUUAGGACAACUCAGACAAUCUCAUUUUCGCGAAUGUCCCAAGAAGUCUCAGUUCUUUUGGCUAUCCCAUUGUGCCAACACUUUCGGGACAAUUGGAACCUUUCCCACACAUUGCAAAAAUUUGUAGGGUAUUUCUAAACCGAACAAAAAGCUUUGGUGCACAUUAAAAAGUUACAUGUUUAAGAUAAUUAUAAUAAUUAUGAGCUAAAAGGACUUGGAGCAAUCUUAUUGCAGGAUUUGGUUUGCUUAUGUUUUCGAGAUGCUAUG